AUGAACAUGCUUAUAAAAAGCGUAAUAAUUGCGUUUGUUAUCAAUAUACAAAUACACAUUGCAAAAUGUUUGAAGCACGAGAAAAAUACCUAUUUCUCAAAUUCGCCUAUAAAUUUACACUAUAAUAAUAUAAAUGAAUAUAGUAAAAAUAAAAAUUAUAUUAAUGCAAAUACUCAAAAAAAAAAGAAUUUUAAUAAAAUACCACUUUUUAUAAACAAUUAUAAAACCACCUAUGAAAAAAUUAACAGACCAAAUGAAAACAGUUCAAAUAUAAGGGACGUCCAUAAAUAUAGUGUGGAAAAAAGAAAAAUUGUAUUAAAUGCUAAGAAUAAUGACAAGAAUGAAGGAAAAUUCGUUUUGUUUAAUAAUUCAGGCAAAAAUAGUACAGGGAAUUAUGGAAAUAGAAAUCCUAACGAUGCAUCAAAUAAUGGAGUAAGAAAUGCAAUGACAAAUAAUACAAAUACUAAUAAAGAAGCUAAUGGCGUAACAAAAUCAAGUAUUUUAAAUAAUAUUGUAGAAGGUGGUAAAACUAUAUCUUUGUUAAGUUUAUGGUAUGUAUGCAAUAUCUUAUAUAAUAUAGAAAAUAAAAAGGCUUUAAAUCUAGUAAACUUGCCAAUUACAUUAUCUGUAUUGCAAAUAUACAUAGGUUUGCCACUAUUUUUAAUUCCAUGGUUUUUAAAAUUAAAAAAUAAGCCAGAAUUAUAUUAUGAUGAAAAUGCAAUGAAAAGAAUAGCUCAAAGUGAUCGAAAUUUUAUAAUAAAAGGAUUUCAAAGAUAUAUGCAAUUUUUAAAAAAAUAUAGCAGCAUUAUGAAACAAAGUAUAUAUCAUGGAUAUACCCAUUUAUUAUCAGUUAUUGCUAUGGGUGCUGGUGCUAUUAGUUUUGUUCAUAUUGUUAAAGCUUUAGGACCCUUAUUUGCUGCGUUUUUCUCAUUUGCUUUAACAAACACUAGAAUGUCUAUCUAUACUUAUUCAUCUUUGGUACCAAUAGUAGUAGGUGUAUCAUUAGCUUCAAUAAAAGAAUUAUCAUUUACUUAUAAAGCAUUAUACUCAACAUUAACAGCAAAUGUACUUACAACACUUCGAACAAUAGAAGCCAAAGAUUUAAUGAGUCAAAAUCUUGAAAAACUAGGAAAAAAUCUCACACCAGAAAAUAUAUUUUCACUUCUAACUAUUUUCUCAGCAAUAUUUUUAACUCCAGCAUUAUAUAUGGAUGCACAUAGAUGGAAAGAUACCUAUUAUUAUUUAAUGAAUAAUAAAAACGUUUUGAAAGUCUUUGGAAAACAUGUUUUAAUGUCAGGUUUAUGGUUCUAUUUAUAUAACCAAUUAUCAUUUAUUUCAUUAAACAGAUUAAACCAUAUUACUCAUGCAGUUGCAAGUACAGUUAAAAGAGUAUUUUUAAUAUUAACUAGCUAUUUUAUUUUCGGAACGAAAUUUUCUUUUCUUGGAGGAGUUGGUUCAGCCAUGGCUGUAAGUGGUACAUUCCUUUAUUCAAUUGCGAAGAAAAAAUUUGGCUAA